AUCUAACAAUUUUUCAUUUAAAAGCAAGUCUAGUUAUUAGAAAUUAAUAAAAAUAAACAUCUAAGAUUAACCUCGUACUGAAUAAUGGGUAUGAGUCGCAUUCUAGUAGUACUAGCAGUGUGUCUGGUUUGUGUAUCACAUGUGGGUGAGGCUAAAGAUACUAUUUUCUCUGCUUGUGAGCCUGUAUUUGAAUACUUCCCCUAUUGCUUGGAAUUCCUAAUGGGGGAUCCAAAUUUCCCUGUGCCAUCAACAAGAUGCUGCAAACACGUUGCAAAGCUGAACACACUGGCUCAUAGUAACAGGACAGGCCCCAGAACCAUUUGUUGGUGCAUUGAGGUCAUGGUUAGGGGAAUGACACCUGCAAUGGAGCCCUCCAAGAUACAGGAUCUUCCCCUUAUGUGCAACACUACCCUCAGCUUUCCCAUCUCUGAUAGCAUGGAUUGCUCAAAGGUUGGUUAGGUAUAUCAUGAUGGUGUGCAACACUGCAAGGGAGGUUCGAAAGUGGACAAAUGAAUUGGCAACAUGAACAUGCACAAGUUAAUAAAACAUUAGAGUAAAUUAUGCUGUUACUAUUUGAUAUUUGGUGAGAAUGCAUAUAAACAUCUGCAUUAUAAUGUUUAUAAUGUAUUACUGUCAUGUAUUUUAUUAAAUAAUAAUUGAGAGACGUUUGUGUAAAAGUAAAAAAAAAAAAAUGAAGAUAUUUAUCUAUAGUUU